AUGUCAUCGAAACUAGGAUGUUGUACAGUAAAUAAUAUAUUUGGAACUCCAUUGAAAUAUGCCGUUGUUAUUGUGGGUAUUUGUUCAAUUGUGAUAGCUGCAAUAGCAUUAUUUGCAUCGUUGGGGACAAUCCUCUCUAUCGCUAACAAGGAAUUAGUCUACAACUCGAAUCCUGUGAACGCCAUCAAUAUGAUAUUUGCACUGUUCUGUACCAGCACAUCUUCGUACCAAGCUGUUAUUUCUAUUUUGUUAUUGCAAUACGGGCGAUGGAGAAAAGGGUCUCCAUUCAUACUGUCCUUGUGGUUCGUGUCGCACGUGGUACUCGUGGUGCUGUACACCUUCAUGUUCUUGGCAAGGACUAUUGUUUGCUUCCACUGCGGUCACCCCAUGCAGAGUCUGUUUACUUUCGUCGGAGGAUGUUUUUACGCUGGCGUCUUCAUAUAUUUUUGUGCCAUCAUAAACAGUUACCAAAGUAUAAUAGAACCAGAUACAAUAUACUAUUAA